AUGGACAACUCUACAAAAUACGUCUUGCUUGUCGCCUUGGCUCUGCUGGUGCUCCUGCCAGGCAAAGCGGACGCUUUUGGCGCGGGUAAUAUUGCUUCCAUAUCGGCCAUCGAAGGAAAAAACUGGCGUCAUGGAGAUAUCGAAGACAUGUUGGCGACGGUCGCAUGCUUGAGGGGUCACAAAUGGAAGUCGAUGAUGAUCAAGGCUGUCGAUACUGCUACUCUCUCCAAAGUUCAAGGCGAGACGAUUCGCAUUCUCGUAUGGGUCCUGUCUUUCAUGUCAUUUGGUUAUGCCACUGGCGAGUUUGAGGUUACAGCCGAUCGGCUCGGUGUGUAUAGGCCCGAGGAGCACAUUGACAAUCCGAAAGACUAUGCCGACAAUGUUGAUGCGAGGAAAUUCGAUCCCCGGCUGCGUGGGCCAGUCUCGGAUGCUGAGCUUGCUGUUGAUCACCAAACGGGAAUGAAGAAUUAUAUUGCAAACGAGCAAGGUGGAUGGGCCACUUCCGCUGGCUACGUAAAGUUCUCCUUCUCUCGAGCCAUCCAUUUCGGUCGUCUGUACACCCAUGGAGGGUCGGGCGAUCGCAACAAUGAGAAUCACCUGGCAGAAGCGCUGCGAUGCCUCGGACAAGGCCUCCAUUGUCUGGAGGAUUUCGGUGCCCAUACUAACUAUACCGAGCUCGUUCUUCGCGAACUCGGACACCACAACGUGUUCCCGCACACUGGUGUUCAGACUCAGAUCAACCUCCAUGGCAAGCAUGUCUUCCCUUUGGUUACCGGAACCUUUGGUGGUGUUGACUUCUUCCACUCGGUCUUGGGCGAAGCCACCGAUCACUUUACACAGACCCAGGUUGACGAGUCAGAGCUUGCUCAAGUGAAUGCUACACUUCAAAAUGCUUGCGGUGAUCAGAAGAAGGGAAGCGGUGGAAACGAUGCUACUUCCUCACUCUGCUCAGCUCUUGAAAAGAUCCCUGGUACCGGAGGCCUUGUUCAAGAAGCAUUGAAGCUUAAAGCUUCGUCCGAUGAACAGGCGGCCGCAAACUCACGCAGCGGAGGAUACAGUUCCUCGCGAGCGGAGCCGACGUUCGAUGCUCCUCCUGGCUCAGUUGGUGGGCCACCGGGUCCAGACAUACCAGGCACCACCACUGACCCUACCACAAUUGUCCCAAAAAUCUACCCAAUCCUGGAGUUCCGGGACAAGGUAGUCAAGUCUAUCUCCGCGAUCGUAUCGAAAAUACCGGGUUUGGAGAAGUUGAUCGAGACAAUCACAGAGCGUGUGACUAUCUUCGUCUUCGCGCUACUUGCACCCUUCAUUAUGCCAAUCAUCAAUACGGCAUCGAAACAGCUCAAGGAGGGCUCGUCUGCGGUUGUUGAAUCAGCGGCGAAGCAUCAAUUCGAAGUCUGGCAAAACCCCCACUCCACGGACCCUACCCACAGUAUGCUCUCAAAGGACCAUUUCUCCAACAUCCUGAAUCAGCCAGCCGGCCAGGUAGCUGUUGCCAUUUUGCAAUAUGUUGCUCCUCGAGUGAUCUAUGCCUGGGAUCACCCUGAUAUACCAGUCGAUCAAGUCCUCAACGACUGCAUCUCCGUCUUCCAUCAUCCCGCUAUUCGCAACCACAACAAUGAAGCACACCGAAACAUGUUCUCCGUUGUUGAGAAGUGGGCUCAACACUACCACGGUGCAAACCUCGACCAAAUCCUCAGCUCUGAAUCUGUCAAGGCUGGCAAGAACCACUUAGCUUCUAACGAUCACUCUAGCGGCAGCUCACACGGCGCAGCAAGCGCAGGUACGUUCAUGGGCCAUAGCCAUGGUGGUGGACAUUCCCACGGUGGCGGACACUCCCAAGGUGGUGGACACUCUCAUGGCGGCGGCCAAUCCCACGGUGGCGGACACUCGCACAGUGGCAGCGGAGGCGGCAGUGGAGGUGGUGCAGGAGGGCUCCUGGGCAGUCUGACCGGCAAGAUUCCCGGCCCACUAGGUGGCGUUCUCGGUGGUCUCAGUUCCUCCUUCAGUAACACUCGCGAACUUGACGAGGGCCAAUCUGGUUCUCAUCCUGGCACUUCGAACUCGCCACAGCCCACGCAUGACUGGGGCUCGUUCCAACCGUACCAGUCGCAGUAUGCUGGCGGAGCUCAGUUUCAAGGUCAAUACCAGGGUGGCCAGGGUGCUGAGCCUGCUUAUGCGGUGCCGUCUGCGUACCAGCAGGGCUACGAGAACUACGGUGGUCCGGGUGGCUACCAGCAACAACCCCCACCAGGAGGCUAUGGUGGCGGUCAGUCCGAUGGGAGGCAGUGGGGACAGGGAGGUGGAAACUCAGCAUGGUGA